AUGCUGUUUUUGAGCUGGACCAAUGUUAUAAUUAAAUAUAUCAAAACGAAGAUCGCUGUUGACGAAAAGCAGUGGGGUUCUCUAAGCCAAGAAGAAAGAAAGUCCAGACUUGAGAAGUACGUAAACAGUGGCAUGGAUUGCAAGAAAGAUCUCUCAAAGUGUAAACGCAACGACCGUGAUGAUUCGUCUACCCCGUCGACACCGGUAAUCUCAAUGACUGCCUCUCGGACAAAAAAUGUCCAUCUUCACCUCAGAAUAGCAUGCAUAAGAGCACGGUAUCCGGAAUUUCCAGCUAGUGCCCUUGUUGUUCCUCUCAAUUUUUCGCCAACAUUUUCUACAGGAACACCGUUGUGA